AUGAAUAUCGUGGUAUUAUCAGGUGGGACCGCUACAAACUCUCUAACAGAAUGUUUCAACAAGAUCUCAUUGGAUCAAAAUUAUGAAUUGACUUAUAUCUUACCCAUUUCGGAUAAUGGUGGGUCAACAAGUGAAAUCCUUAGAGUAAUUGGUGGUCCUGCAAUUGGUGAUAUUAGAUCACGUAUCAUUAGAUUGUUGAAUGAUAAACAAUUGGAAAAAUUGUUUGGUUACAGAUUAUCAAAUGAUCCAAUUGUUGCCAAGAUUGAAUGGAAUAAAAUCGUCGAAGGUUCACAUGACAUUUGGAAACACGUUUCUUCGGAGAAAAAGGAAAUGUGUCGAUCUUUCAUCAUUCACAUUCAAUCAGAAUUGUUGAAAAGAACAAAACUAUCAAACCCCUUUAAAUAUGAAAUGGCUUCUAUUGGGAAUUUAUUCUUAACUGGUGUAAGAUUAUUUAUGGGCUCUUUGGAUGCUGCCAUUGAAUUAAUGAUGAGAAUAGGUAGAUGUCAUCAACUUUUAAAUAUUAUGCCAUGUAUAAGUACAAAUCAUACUUAUCAUAUUUCUGCAUUGUUGAAAAAUGGUACCGUCAUAACUGGCCAAUCACAAAUUUCACAUCCUUCUAAAGUUCCCAAUUUGAAUAAUAGUGGUGUAAACUCAAAUAUCACAAGUGGAACAAAUUCAAAUUCUACAUCUUCUACAAAAUUAUUAUUAAACCAUUCUUUGAAAAAUUUAUCUACAACAAGCAAUAAUAGUAAUGAUCAUUUAUUUAAUACAAACAAACAAUUCUAUCAUCUAAGCAAUGAAGAUUCAGUAUUAUCUGAUGAUCAAGAAACUGCUCUGGAUCCAAUGGAACGCCAUGACGAUGCAUUUGAUGAUGAUGAAGAUAAUGAAGAAGAAUUUGCAAAUCCAAUUACCAUCUUACCGGAAUUAAAAGCUUCCCAAUUACAUUUUAAUAAGAUAGAUGAUAAUUCAAUUUUAGAAUCACCAAUUAAAAGAAUCCUAUAUAUUAAUCCAUAUGGUGAAGAAAUUAAACCUACUGGUAAUUCAAGAGCUAUAAAUAAAUUGAAAACUGCAGAUAUGAUUGUUUUUUCCAUUGGUUCUUUAAUGACAAGUUUAUUACCAAUCUUAAUCUUGGGUAAUUUUGCUAAAGUCAUCGCUGAAAGAACUUCUACUAAAAAAGUUCUUCUAAUAAAUAAUAAAUAUGAUAGAGAAACUUACGGCCUUUCAGGAACUCAAUACGUUCAAACUGUAGUAGGGUCAAUGAGAAAAUCUUUAAGGAAUUAUGAAAUAAGAAGGAAUAGUACUCCUAAUUUGAUGACUGCUAAUAGCUCAUCUUCAUAUGAUAAAUCAAAUUGGAGUAGAUUUGUUACUGAUAUAAUUUAUUUAAAACAAGGUGAAAUAGAAAUUGAUGAAGCCGUAAUGAAAGAACACGGGAUUACAUGUCAUUCAAUAGAGUCAAAUAUAAUGGAUAACAAAUCAUUACAAGAAUUAUUGAUCAAGAUAAAUUCAGAAAAUUAA